AUGACAUCCAUCCACCCACCCCGACGAACCUAUGGUUACGAUUAUUCUGGACGGAAUCUAGCAGCCAUUCAAGGCAAAAGAAUUCCCGAUUGUCCGACGAGUCGCCCGGAUUGGUUAUGCGUGGUGCGAGGAAUCCGCACUCACGAUGGCUUCGCGCAGGAGCUGUACGGGCAUCUUCCUGAAAUCACCCGCGCUUUGAAUGCGCGCGCGAUCAUGAGCAAUCGAGUCCCAGACAUGAAAUCACCCGACGAUUUCCCCUACUGUUUCUGGCAUCCAGACAUCCCAGCCGAGCAGACUCUCCGCGAUCUACUAGAGCGAUACCCUGGUAACGACCUAUUACGAUACCAAGUCGGGCGCGCAUGCGCUGCAGGCGGCUACACUUCACUCUACCUGGAGUUAGAUCUGCUGCCGGACGUGGCUAUCGCAGAGGAAGCGCGCGACAAUCGGGCGUCUGGGCAAGAAAUCUACCAGAACAUUAUCAACAGCCCGACCAGAUGGGCCUGUAUGGAUGAUUAUAACCGCUGUCUACACUCACCUCUACGUUCUGGGGCGCACUUGAAUGGCGACACAUGUGUGCGGUCUAUGCUCGAUCAAACCCUACCGGUGGGGAACGCCAUCUUUCUUACUGUGCCGGCUCCUACGUUUGAUAUUACUGAGGACUGGUGCCUCGACGCCGAAGGUACAUUACCCGGGGCGCGACCGGUUGAUCCAGAAGCUGUCCGGUUAUUGUGCGAACCACUGCCAGCUGAUCUACCCACUGUUGAUAAGGACCUUUUGAUCCUGAUGGCGGCAUGGUCAGGCAAUAUUGACCGCUACACACGGCUGCGUCGGCCAACUAUGCUCCAUGGCGAGCUGCCAUGUGUUGUUCGAGGAAUCUACCACCACCCUUUCUUCGCUAAAUGGUGGUUGAUGCAGGAUACCGAUUCGGAGCCCAUUCGACAGGCCGUUUAUGCCCGGUUUAUUUUGAACAACGACUUGUCCUGGUUGAAUGACAACACGCCAGAUACCGAUCUCCCAGUCCUGAUAUGGUUCCCAAAGGCCGCAGAUAAGAAUACCUACACCGAGUUGGCACGGCUCCGACCAUCAAUGACGCCGCAGAUUGCACGUGCUUGUAUAAAUGCCAAUUACCAAGAACUAUUUGACAGCCUCAAUGCAAAACCAGAUAUAUUCCUUUGGCGAGCUGCCGAGGAGUCUCCAAACAGCCACUAUCUCGAGCAGAUUCAGGAGAAAGCAAGGGAGCUAGGACUUGAUAGGUACGAGCUUUCUACAUUAGAUGAGCCAAUUGAGGAAUUCGCAUCUAUGUGGCCAUUUAGACCUGACGUGACGGAUACAUGGCCUAUGGCUAUGCUAGCCAAUGAAAUGAAAUCUACCGCAUCUUUGGGGCUCACCGUUGUGCGUGAGAUAACCAUCGACCAGGUUGGAUUCGAGCCCGAAGGCGAUGUUUUACCUUCUGUGGCGGAGAUGAUCCUGCUGAAUGCGUGCUUGGCGGAUCCGUCAAUCCGACCGUCGCCCCCCUUCGAAAGAUUAGACCUUCGCGAAGUGUACAGAGAUGCGCCAUAUGUGGAAUCGGAAGAAAACCGUAAACUGGUGGGGUUGUGGCCAAAUCCAAGGAGACCUCGUGGCGGAUACCGUGGAAGGGGGCAUGGAAAAGGUUAG